AUGACACAUUUUGCUGCAUCCAUGGAUCUCACUCAACAUCUCCGACAUCUCCAACAUCUCCUCACAUAUCGCACUUUGUUCUUUCCAAUCAUGAUCUUUUUCUAUUUGAUCCAGGCUGCAUGCCGAUGGAUCUUGCAACCGCUGCGGUUGUCGAUGUGCUCCGAAGUAGUGGUGAUGGUGGAGGCAGAAGCCAUUGCCCCUGCUUCCCUAGAUGCCAGGGCUAAGAUGCUACCAGAUCCGAUACCCACCUUUUUCUUCGCACUCCGACAAUGUACCGCUUUGAUCGAUGGCCUUCCUUUUUGCCUCCGAGCCCAGCCCAUUACCCACUCCCAGGCGCCAGGGCUGAAAGCUCCGAUGCAGCGCGCAAGCUCUCUCUCUCUCUCUCGUCUCGCUCUGGCUCAGCUCAGCUCCUCCCGAUAUGAGAACCUGCGAACCCUGCCCAGAAUGCACUCAAGCGGGGCUAACACGUAUGUAACAAAGCGUAAAGGGAGAGGCCACAAGAGAACCCAAGGGACCCCCGUGUCAAAUCUCUAA